UCAAAAAAAAAAAAAAACUCUCCACGAGUCUAGUCUUCCUCUUUUGGUGGGUGUAGGGUGCGCAGCAGGUUGGCCUUCAUCUCUGUUCGGGUUUUCUCCUCUCCCAACACAAAACAAAGUUGCAAACCCAUUAAUCCUCGCAAACCAGUCUCUCUUCCUCUCACUUUGAAGCUUCUUCUUCUCUGCUUCAUGUUCGUUCUCUUCCUGAAAAUUCUCCGAUUCGUUUUUCGUUUCCGUCUUCAGGUGUCUGUCAUUCAGUCAUGCUCCCAAAGUACCAAUAAGGUGUUACAUGCUUUGCAACAGAACUUCCCAGCAGCGUCAAAAACUCAGUUAAGGAAUAAAGUGCGAGAGAUAUUAGAUUUUGUGGAUACCCAUUGGCAGAUCUACUGGAGUAACGUGAUAACAGAGCACAGCCAAGCCAUUUUGAACUCUUUGUACUCAUUUUACUGGAACUUGACUAGAAAUUGGGAGCUGAGGGGAUCCAAAAUGAAUAGAGAUGUGGAUAGGGUAAAUGUCAGGGGAUCCAAAAUGAAUAGAGAUGUCAAACCUGAAAUUGUUGGUUUGAGUAGCAAAGAUAUUGAACAAAGCAACAUAAGUGACGAUGAUUUUAUCGAUGAUAAUCCUCUAGAUGAGGAAUUACUAUCAGGAGAUGAAGAUAACACUUGAGAAAGUGAUGGAUAGUUGGAUACAGUGACUUGGAUUAAGGUAAACGAUUUUAAAUGUACGUGGCUCGAUAAGUGCAUGCAAAUCAUCAUUAGUUACUUUUCUCUAUAUGGUUAUGCCUUCCUAAUUCAUAAUUAAACAUCUUUCAGUCGUUAGCAUAAUUACAUAUUACUGUUAACUUGGUGUUUUUGUCAGUAUGGUUUGUUAGUUUCCAUUUUUGUUUAUUAUUUACUUAUGAUGUUGACCAUGUGUGCAGGGAGACUUUGCUUUCUUAUCUUAUCAAAAUCACAACUGCUUAUUGUCUCUGUUUCUUACUAAAUAUCCACUUUUAUAGAACUGGAUUAAUCAAUGUCGGAUGCUCUGGGAAUUCUCAACGUUGAAUGAGAAGGCCCAAAGAGGGAGAUUGUAAGGAUAUUGGGCUAUUACCUUUCAACACAUAACUUUCCCAAGAUUACUAGGAGAGCACAAGUCGCAUAAAACUAGGAAAAGACUUCUCCAAGUUUCCCAGUGACUCAAGGAAUCAAAGAGGCGUGCAAGACUGGAAGAGAAAUCCAGAAGAAUCACUCUCACUGAUAUUGAGUUUAAGGUGGUAUUCAUUCCAUAUCAUUUUACAUUUAGGAUUGAUUUUGCAUAUCGGUUUUAAUUGAUUUGUUCUACGUAUCUGCGUUAAAAGGUUUUUGAGAUGUCUACCAAAUAGAGAUUGGAUUUGUAAGAAAUUAGGAAGUCGUAAUUGAUUAUCGAAAUCAGUUGUAAAAGCCUUCCUUGUUUAUCUUAUUUGAUAUGAAAAAGAGAUUUGAUUAAGGGGGAGUCUUGCUCCUUUAUGAAAGGCUUUGAAACUGAUUUCAUGUGGUAGAGUUUUUGAAUAUCUAAACUUAUCGUAGUUGAGCUGCAUAUGUUUACUUAAAUCAUUUUCUGAAAAACUCACGUUGCAUGUUAUAUGUUUCUUUUCCAUGCAUAAUUCAUUCUCAAGAUCAGUGAGACGUUGAGUGCAAGGAAGAUUGGAAGAUUGGCUUAUUUGAAUAGUGUGAUGAUUAGAACAGUUGAAUAGGAGUUAGAACAGUUGUAAAACAAGUUAGCUGUUUGCUAAGUGAAUGUGAUUGUUGUGAACAACACUACUUGUAUACUGUAAACUCAUUUGAUUUAUAGUAGAUUGAUUUUCUCGUGUUGGCAACGUUACAA